AAACAACAAUCCCAUCUCCCAUUCCCCUUCCUUCUCCCGGUUUCGCCCUAAGAAAACCUGCGCUUCUAAAUCCCUUACCAGACAGCCCCUUCAAGGUUUCACUCUGCAUCUCUAUGGCGCUUGUUGGCUACAGGUAAAGCGAAGGUGUAUUAAAGCUUCAUAAAAAGUGAAGUAAAGGCUCAAUCCUGCAACCAUUCCUCAAUGAGAUUCUCUCCUACCUUGAGAAUCCUCCUUCCUUCCAACUCCUCAACCAAGCAUCCAAUACUAUCCCAAUUCUCUCGCCUUUAUUCCAACCACGUUCCUAACGACGCACAUCAUCCCAAACCAAAGCGGUACAAAUAUCCCGAAUUCUACGACCCAUACGGACCGCGCCCCCCUCCGCCCGAGAAGAUCUUGCAGCUCGCCGCACGAAUCGCCUCGCUCCCUCCCGAAGAGCUUUUGCAGCUCGAUCCUGCUCUCCAACACCGGCUGAAGCAUCUAAGGUUGCAAAAAAUAUCUUCCGAAGGGUUGGGGUUCGCCGCCGGCUCCCAAUCCGCUCCCGAAAAGGUCGAAGAAAAGAAGUCCGAGAAGACGGCAUUCAAUGUCAAGCUCGAGAAGUUCGACGCUGCGGCGAAAAUUAAGGUGAUCAAAGAAGUCAGAGCCUUCACCAAUCUUGGAUUGAAGGAAGCCAAGGAUUUGGUGGAGAAGGUACCAGUUGUUCUGAAGCAAGGGAUCACCAAGGAGGAGGCUGGUGGGAUUAUAGAGAAGAUUAAAGCAGCUGGUGGUGUUGCUGUGAUGGAAUGAUGUAAGAUGUGAUUUUGUUGUAAUGUUAAUGGUUAAAAUGCUUUAAAAUGGCUCUUUUUUGCAUUCUUAACCCUGGGAUAUAUUUGUAAUUUUUUUCUGAAUUUGUUUCACAGAUUUUGAUCUGGAUUUGAGCUUCAGAUGCUUGGUGUCAUUCUGGUUAUUUACUGAUUCAACUUUGUGUUGAUAAUAAUGCAGAGCAGGGCUAAUUCUUU